AUGUCUCUCAAGGACAAAAUCUCCUCGCCCCUCGAAGCCGGCCCCUCCCUCCUCGACGCCCACCACCUCCCGCCGCAGCUCCUCCCGGCCCUCGAAUACACCUCGACCCGUCUCGCCCGCAAGUCUCUCCACCUCACCCUCGUCGUGGCCCGUCGCGACUAUCAGCUCCCGCCAUCGCCGGUCCUCUGCUCCCCGCCCCUGCCCGGCCCCGCCUCGCCCUCGUCCCAGAACCGCUUCGCCCGGCGUCUGCAUCUCCCACGCUGGGGCCGCCACCAGGCGGCCCUCUCGCCCUCGUCCGCGACAUCGUCCAUGCCGACCUCCCCCCGGUCCGUCAUGUCCUCUCCGAGCUACACGCCCAUGUCGAUGGAAUUUCCCCGCACCCAGCAGGGCCCGCUCUCGCCGCGGUCGCCCCUGUGGCCGCUCACGCCCAUGACGCCGCUCUCGCCUCCGCCCAUGACACCGUCGACGGCGAAGUCGUCCAUCCCGACCGAAGGGUCUUCGUAUGGCUUUCCCAUGACACCGCAGCAUGGGGUGCGGCUCAUCCAUCACGGCAACUUGCCAUCCAAGGCCGAGAGGACGCUGCAGUCGGCCCUCGCGAAAGCGGGCCGCAAGUCCAGUAUUGGAACACAUGUGGCACCGGCACUCAGCGCGCCGGCCUGCGGCUUCAACAACACCCUGUUCAACAACUCCAUCGCCCAGAACGACGUGCUGUUUUCAUCCGACGGCCUAUCCCUCGUCUCCUUUGACCGCCUCUACAGCCUCAAGGCGGCUUUAUCAAGCUACUCCAAAACGGGCUCCCCGUUGCGGCUGGAAGAUGCCGUCGACGAACUGCGCCGUUAUGUGCUGGCGUCGGGGACCAAGGUUUCCAAGAUGCACUUGCUGCGCUCCUAUGACUGGCUCAACGUAUCACACUCGGCGCUGGUGGAUCUGGAUCGCAUGUACCGGCGCGCCUAUGGCGGCGUCGAGAUGCAGGGCGGCAUCGACGGCAUGUAUUUUGCGCCCGUGCCCGAGGACUCUUCCAUGUGGUCUGACGAUGAAGAGGACGAGGAAGAGGAUACCGAGGACCAGCCAUACCACGACCAGGACAGCGGCGUCUACGUCGAACCGCUACCAGACAGCCCGACUGUUGACGCGGCCACAGUUGCCAUGGCGGCCACCACAAGGCAAGUUUCUGCGCAGCCAAAACGCUCUCCUUCACCCAAGAUGCCCCCUUUGCGCGUGCAAACCAGCUUUACCGAGACGCUUGCACAUCGAUCCGACAUGGGGGACGACGACCCGAAACCAGAUGCACAGAGGAUAGAGCCCGAGGCAGAGGUCUUAACGGCGCGGCCGGAUGACGAGGCCGGUCAGGUCAUAGCUUCCAGGAAUCAGCUCUGGAUGAACGCGCAGUCCACGUCGAUUGAUCAGGUUCUCAGUCCGGGACCGGAUCCGCCAUGGCGGGAGCGAGACGGGCCCAUGACGCCCCAUGGCUACGAUGAUAUUUCGCCCAUUACGCGAGGUGAAUGGGGGUUUCUCCUCGUCGAUCAAGAGUUUAAAAGUGCAAGAACGGUGGUGGUAACGACAUGCUGA